CAGGAAAUGAGUUGAUUGUGACUUCACACCGGAGCUUCUGCUGUGAGUUUUUGACAGAACUGAGUGGAACUGAAUGAUCUCAUCAGAGCAGCUUUCUGCUUCGCUUGAAACAAAAAAGGAAGAGCUUGAUUUCCCCCGUACAGCACAGCAGAGGGAGUGGUGGAGCUGCGCGCACCUGCUGGGUUUGUUACAGUAGGAGGGCUGAGGAAGCUCAGCUGGGAGCAGCAGUACAGGUCUGACUUGCUCUGCAUGGCUUCAUACGGGAAUUCAACGUGAACAAGAAUGGCUGUCCUGAUAUCAGAACUCUGAUCCUCUUCGUUUUGUCUUGCCAUGAAGUAAGGACCAGCGCAGCAGUUUAAACACCAUCAAUUAAAACCAGGUUGUGCCAUAUCUCCUUAAAAAAAUCCUAUGGCUGCUCAAAGAGAGUUUCUUUUGAGACAGAAUCCUGUCACCGACGACCCGAGUCCUUUGAGGGACGAUUUAGAUAAUUAUUAUGAAUCCAUAUCAGGAAAUAAUCUGUAUGAGACCUCCCUAUCUGGGCUCAUUCCGACACUUGAAAACCAGACUGAAGAUAGAGGAAGAGAGGCUCCUAGGAACGAUCCACCACCGGUUCCUCCUAGAAUACGGUUACCGAGUACUCCUGCCCCGGUCAGAGGUCAACCCCCUCCUCUGCCCCCCAGGAAUCCGGCACCUUUCGGCUGUAGCCAAAAGCAGAUUUCAUGUGAUAUCGAGGCUCCUCAUAAGUUGGUUCGGUCCAGAACAGAAGUAAAACCUCAUAAUCCAUGGGCCAUUACACUGCUAGACUCUCCAGAAGGCAGCACAAAGAACUUGGCUUCAUUCAGCAAGGCAACAUCACAGCUGAUGUCCCGAUACAAGCACACAGACAGGGUUCACAACCCAGGUGUAGUAUGGGGCCAGCUGUUACGGAUCCACCCUGCUCUGCUGCAGCAGGUGGGGAUAGAAGUCACUAUAUCCACCGAGGAGGGAAAUCUCAUGUUCCCCAUUCCCACACCAGCCAACAAGAAGGUGGAGGAUCUAAUUGAUGAUUAUUUCAAGUUACUGGACCGCACAGCUGACACAAGCAAGGAUUACGUUUUAAAAUUUUGUGAUGCGGAGGAAUACCUUAGAAAUGAGGAACUUUUGGGCCUGCAUGAGAGAGUUCAGAUGUAUUACAAGUCAAAACUGGUGAUCAAUCUUCGACUGGUCCACGUGAACAACCUUAAACGGCAUCUAUCCAGAGAUGAUGCGGAUGAUAAAAUCGAGUGCAAGUUGUAUCAGUUCCAGGGUCCAGUCAGCGUCCACAGCACCUCCAAGUUUAGCAUGGAAAAUGUGCUCAGUACCUACAACAAACAUGUUGCAGACCUUAUAAGCAACAAGUCUGGUAAGAGUAUCCCAUUGGUUGUGACCAAUGUCCGCAUCAUCUGUAAUCUUCUAUCUGGGCUCACGUGUAAUGAGUUAGAGGAUGCCAUCAGCGGACUGAACAGAAUCUCUCAAAUACAUCUGAGCCAAGAUCAAGUAAUGGAGUGUGAAGCUGCCAUGAUCAUGCUGAAUGGGGCGCUACUCAAAGUGCUCCAAAUAUAUUUUGACAACUUCCAGUCAGACUUCAGAUCCCAGAGUCUCAUCGGCAGACCCGAAACCCGUGACGUUGAUGACAACGAGGAAAUCCUGCAGUUCAGCAUAGUAUCUCUCUACAAGCUGAACCCGAGCUGGAUGAACUAUGAAAGUUUUUCCGUAUCCUGUGACUUGACGUACGGAGAAACAAAAAUCUGUGAGACCGGCGCUUCAGAAAACAUCAGCACAGCCUUGUCACACGGAAACAACAUCAGUUGUAACCGCCUAAUGGUGUUUCCUGUUCGAGUUAAUGAGUUACCGUAUGAGUGCAUGCUGACAUUUCACCUUAAAGGCACAAAGCGAGGGAAAAUCUCCGAAAGUUUGAGCUGGGCGGUGCUGCCCCUCUAUAACAAUAGGACGCUGGUUGGAGGAACUGUCCUGCUCAGCAUGUCCACUCUGGCUGAACUACCCUUUCCUCCAUCCCCUGCCCUGUCUGACAGCCACAGACAGCCCACAGGAGUCAUACUGCAGCUUGAAUUUGAAGAGCAGUAUGAGUGGGAAUACCAAAGACCCAUCGCCCUCCCUGAGUCAAUCACCUUCACUCAGCCUUGUGAUGAAGUUCAAAGUAAAAUGUUGAAUGUUUCCAAAAAGCAUUGCAUCUGUUUCCUGAAAGAAACUGAGAGGUCUUUCCUUUGGAGCAAACGUGACUGUGCAGAUAAAACCAAUACCUUUCUACACCUUCUGCUCAGUGGAGUCCCCCGGUGGCAGCCUGAAGACUUAACAGAAAUCUAUACUGUGGUAGAUAAAUGGCUCAUCCAUCUGCCAGAGGAGGCUCUUUUCCUGCUUACUCCCAGUUUUCCAGAUGAGACAGUCAGAAAAGCUGCAGUUAACUAUUUUGGAGAGAUUCCAGACGGAGAGUUCGAGAUGUUUUUGCCCCAGCUUGUCCAGGCUCUGAAGAGUGAAUGGAAACUUGAUGGACCUCUGGUGAUGCUGCUGUUGGAGAGAUCCCUGAAGAACAUCCGGAUUGCUCAGCAGCUAUACUGGCUUUUGGAGGAAACCAACACAGACUGCUACUUCCACAGCUGGUUUAAUAAAGUUAAAGCUGCGCUGUUGCACUGCUGUGGCCAAGCGCUGAGGAAGGAGCUGGAUUAUGAGGCUCGUUUGGUUCAAGUGCUCGUUCAGGUGGCCCAGAAAGUCCGCUUUGCUGACAAGUCUCAGCGUAAGAAUGUUUUAAACAGAGAAAAGGAACGUAUCCACGAGUUCUUCAGAGGUGGCAUCACCUGCCGUCUACCACUAGAUCCUGCAUUUAGUGUCAAAGGAGUCGACUUGGAUGCCUGCAAAUUCUACAGUGCUAAUUCUUCUCCUCUGGGGGUCACAUUCGUAUGUGAAGAUUCUCUGGCUAAAAAGACCAGUGUCAUUUGCAAGGUAGGGGACAACCUGCGUCAGGACAUGCUGGUUCUCCAGAUAGUCCGUGUGAUGGACUGGGUUUGGCUCCAGGAGGGGCUGGACCUGCAGAUGAUCACCUAUCGAUGUCUCUCCACAGGCAAAGAUCAGGGCCUGGUGGAAGUUGUGCCAGAGGCUGUGACCCUGGGAAAGAUCCAUCAGGAGUGGGGUCUAAGUGGGACGCUUCGAGAAGACACGUUGGAGAAAUGGUUUCAUAUGCUGAACAAAACGAAAGAGGGCUACGAAAAGGCGGUGACGAACUUCAUCCAGUCGUGCGCAGGGUGGUGUGUAGUCACCUUCAUCCUGGGGAUCUGUGACCGCCACAAUGACAACAUCAUGCUGAAGCACAGCGGACACAUGUUCCACAUUGACUUUGGCAAAAUCAUGGGGAAUGCGCAGAAAUUUGGAACCUUUAGAAGGGACAGGAAACCCUUCGUUUUCACGUCUGAGAUGCAGCACCUCAUCACAGGUGGUGGAAAGAAGCCUCAGCGCCUCCAUCGCUUUGUGGAGCUUUGCUGCGAAGCUUAUAACAUCAUCAGAAGUCGCUCUGCUCUGAUACUCGGCAUGUUGGAGCUGAUGCUUUCAGCAGGAAUGCCAGAACUGAAGGACAUCAGUGACUUAGAGUUUGUCCAGAACAAACUCAAACCUCACGACACAGACUUAGAAGCCACUUCCUACUUUACAAAAAAGAUUAAGGAGUGUAUGGACUGUUUUGCUGUCAAGUUUAACUUCUUCACCCACACUUUGGCUCAGCCAAAGAAGCAGCAGUCAAUAACCCAGAACAACAUUCCUGCAGCCAACUCCAACAUCCAGGGAGCGGUCAUCGAGGGCUUCAACGUCAAGGGGCGAGUUGUGACCUACAGCCUAAAGAUAACCAUUGACGAUGGUAUUCUGACGAGUCAGAAGACGUUUAGGCAGUUUGAAAUGAUCCAUAAUAGUCUCCAGACGUACUUCAUUGAAUCUAAGCUACCGCAGUUUCCAGGCUGGUAUAAGAUGUCAUUCACCCCACAGAGGAGGAAGGCUCUGCUAAACACUUACUUAAAAGAGCUUUUUAAGGGACCGUGCAAAGGAGAUGAAUAUGUGUGCAGUUUGUUUCUAGAUGGUCCCAAAGUGGAAAAAAAUGUAACAGGAGGAGCUCCUCAGAUCCAGCUGCAUAUUUCUUACUCUAACGCCAAGCUCUCCGUGUUGGUGAAACACCUGCAAAACAUUAAGUUGCCAAAUGGUUCGAACCCUGAUGCGUAUGUGGUAACGCGGCUGAGACCAGACCCCCAGCAGACCUCCAAGAGGAAGACAAAGGUGGUCAGCAACAACGACCACCCUACUUUCAAUGAGCUGCUGGAGUACAAUCAUGUCCCGGUGCUGUAUGGGAUGGUGCUGGAGGUGACUGUGAAGAGCAGGAAGGCCAAGAAGACUUUUGUGGCUGCGACCAACAUUAAACUGGAAGAUGAGGUGUUGGACAAGGAGGUGUGGUUUCCCCUUGGGAACUGUGUCAUUUGACCCUGGAGACUGUACUGUGAGCCUGCUGCCAGCAGGGGGAGCCAAAACACUUACUGUAUUUUACUGUAUGUUUCAUGUAGAUGUUAUUUUUAUCAACGGGGAAAAGAUGAGCACUGUACAGUAGGCAGAUCAUGCCAGUCAUACAUGACUUUUAGAGACUUUUUUUUAAAGCACUGACAGUGGCUGGGAUUUUUAGCCCAAGUUACAAAGUUAAAAUACAUGUUUACUGUGAAAUUAGAUUAAUUACUAGUUUUUUAUGCAGUUCAAAUGACUGCAUCUGGGUGAUAUAUGAAGGAAAGUGUGUAGCGGUGGUCAUGUUUGCUUUGUUUUCUGAGCUGAAUCAUAAGAGUGUCUGCAUGCAUUGAUGUAACAGAUUAGGGGAUGUUUCUUACCUGCAAAGACACGUUUGCUCCCUCCAGGCUGCAUGUCCUUGACCAGAGGAAUUGGAAACGAGAGACAAGCGGGUGAGGGAAAGGUGAGGAUAGUGUGUGAUCUGGAUGACAACUCAGCAUCUCAAGCCUGGAGGGCCGAGUUAACCGCCCCCCACCCCGUCCACCGUCUUCUCCAUCAGCAGCCUUCAAAUCCAGUCGAGCACGUGUGUGUUUACGGCAAGGCCGAUAAAACACAAGCGUUCCGAUUGACAUGCACACUUACUCGUCUCUAGGCCAAGCUGGGUCUCUGUUAUCUUGAUGCCAUUCCUGUCCUGACAGGCCUGCUGACCCGUACUUUUCUUUUACCUCAUUUAAAGGAUUUAGUGAUGAACGGAGAUGGAAAUAGACUUCCCUGCACUGAUUUCAACUCAAUAAUGUAUACCUCUUUGGAGACUAUUUAUAUAAUCCCUGAUAGGAUUCUCAAAUGGAACAGCGAGCCGUUGCUGAAGGCUAUUUUUUGAUGACUGUGGUAAUGGAGCGUUAAUAAAACUGGCAUCACUCAGCAAUGCCAGCCUUGAUAGGUGAAAACAACAGAACACAUACAGUACAUUUGUUUUUAACCCUGGUAAUGAUGUGUGAAACGAUCCUAAAAUCGACAUAUCUGUUAUUGCAGAACUUUACUUAAUUAAAUUAGAUUUACUCAUUGGGGAAAAGAGCCUAUGCUCAAUAAAAUGAUAGUUUGAAAUGAUCUUUUGCCACCGGGGAGACAAUUUAACUUAAAUUUUACAAGUUUAAGGGCCGAUCCAUGCUGA